UUCUGAUAUUGUAGCCUGGAGUUUGCGGUGUUUUGGCAAGCACGCUAGUUAGCUAAAUAAAUUCACCAGUGGCAUUAGCUAGUUAACUAUUUUCUCUGUUUUUCCAUACAUAACAAAGAUUAACGCUAUGGUAUCUGUAAAACGGGAGCGAGAAAUUGACUUGGAAGACGAUGAUGAAGGUAGCUAGCCAACAUAUUUGAAAAUGUGUAUAAGCGAACUCUUGCUAGCUAACUAGCUAGAUAGUAACAAGCUAACGUUGGCGUUUAUUUCUAAACGUGUAGCAUAAAACACAUUGUUGGUAGCUAGCUCUAGCUUGCUGACUAUUUUUAGCUAGCUAAGAUCCCAUACAAGCAUCAAACGUGUUUUUCCUAGCUAAGCUACGUUAUUGUUAGCCAGAGCAGAUGUUUCUUGUAAAAAAUAACGAUCUGGUGUUAGCUACCUAGCUAGAUACGAUUGUUGUCAUUGUUUGUUAACAUUUAGCUACAGUUAAUUAUUUGUUGAAAUGUUAUUUGUCUUAUACAGUACCUGUGAAAAUUGGACGUUCAUCCGAGGACGGCAGAAGUCGCCAUUGUCCCUACCUCGACACAAUCAAUAGGUAACGUCAACUGGCCUUAACAUGGAAGAUGCACAAGAUAAGGAAUUUCUCGGAUGUGUACUCUGUGUAAAUCACCUCUAACACACACAUUUGUCUUCAGGAGUGUACUGGACUUCGAUUUUGAGAAGCUAUGCUCCAUCUCCCUCUCCCACAUCAACGUAUAUGCCUGUCUAAUCUGUGGGAAAUACUUCCAAGGUAAAUUAUCCAAUACUUCAGAUUAAAAUUGUUCCCUCCCUACCUAAGAAGUGUUCAGAAAUUAUUUGACCUAGGCCUAAACGAAUGUGUGUGUCUUACAGGUAGAGGUCUGAAGUCCCAUGCCUACACUCACAGUGUGCAGUUCACCCACCAUGUGUUCCUCAAUCUGCACACCCUCAAGUUCUACUGUCUGCCAGAUAACUACGAGAUCAUUGACUCAUCCUUGGAAGACAUCACGGUGAGUCCAAGGAGAUGGGUGUGCACACAUUAACUGUAAUAAGAAAUUACAUUUCAGAAGUGUCAGAUGUAUCAAUUCAAACAGGCACUGAUUGAAUGGUGCUAAACCGAUAGUUCUGAAUUAUAAAGUUUUUUUAAUUGUUACGGUUCAGCCAUAGUUUAUACAAUAAUCCAGUGGUAUGUGUCUAAAGUUAUAUAGAGGUGGUAAUGUAUUUUUCUUUGUGUUUAGUAUGUAUUGAAGCCCACAUUCACCAGACAGCACAUCUCUGGAUUGGAUAAGCAGGGCAAGCUGUAUCGAGCCUAUGAUGGCACCACCUAUCUGCCUGGCAUCGUAGGGCUGAACAACAUCAAGGCUAAUGACUACGCUAAUGUGGUGCUGCAGGUAAGACUGUUAUCCACCACAGAGUAUCCACUGGUGAAUCUGACCUCUCACCAUUCACAUGCUGCUAAACCUUUACCUGUGUGAUGAUCAUCCAUGUUGAUCUGUCUUUAUCCUUCCAGGCCCUGUCCAAUGUGCCCCCACUGCGGAACUACUUUUUGGAAGAGGAUAAUUACCGCGGCAUCCGUAGGCCGCCGGGUGACAUCAUGUUCCUGCUGGUGCAGCGAUUCGGUGAGCUGAUGCGCAAGCUGUGGAACCCACGGAACUUCAAGGCCCAUGUCUCGCCCCACGAGAUGUUGCAGGCUGUAGUGCUGUGCAGCAAGAAGAACUUCCAGAUCACCAAGCAAGGUAGGGUUUUAUUAUAACACAUUCAGUGGGGCACAGAGCCUUGAUUCUCAAGAACAAAAUGUUUUUAGUACAGUCAAAUGUAUGUUUUGGUAUGUGUUGCCCGUUAUGUUGUGAAUAAGCUAUGCUGCUGAAUGGUCUCUGUCCUGCAGGGGAUGCUGUGGACUUCCUGUCAUGGUUCAUGAACGCUCUGCACGGCGCGCUGGGAGGAACCAAGAAGAAACCCUGUGAGUGGCAGUGGGAGGUGGAGGGAAUGAUGUUGGGAAGGAGGAUAGGACUUAAACUGUUUUCAUUGUCUUUGUCAUUCAGUGUUUUCUGCCUUACUGUACAACCUGUGAGAUUAACAAAGAUAUUUCCCUCUUCUUUCCCCUCUCUCUCCUAUUGCCAUUAUAGCAAGCCUUACCAAAGUGUUCCAGGGUUCCAUGCGUAUCUUCUCCAAGAAGCUUCCUCACCCAGAUUUGGUAAGUGGCUUAUUGUCAGACUGCAGCAUUAUAUCAAAGUUUAAAUCCUUACUUGUGAAUUCAUGACUCUUCAAUAUUCAUGCCAUAUUUCAACGGUUAAAUUGUCCACGUUACAUGCCUUUCUCUCUCUCCAGCCACCCGAGGAGAAGGAGGCUCUGCUUCUGAAGGAGGAGUACCAGGAGGAGAUGUCUGACACCACCUUCCUCUUCCUGACCCUUGACCUCCCCACAGCCCCGCUGUACAAGGAUGAGAAGGAGCAGCUCAUCAUCCCACAGGUCCCCCUCUUCAACAUCCUGGCCAAGUUCAACGGCAACACAGAGAAGGUACUGCCAUAAAAUUCACACUUAAAUUAGCUCAGGUGAACAGCACUCCUAUCUCCAAGCCAACCAUCUCUCCCACCAAGUGAGAUGAAAACUAGUCUCGGAAGCCUAGGAUUCUCACAUUCUUUUUUCGAAAGCCUGGUGAAGUUCUCCUCAGGAAGAUGAUAAAAAGGGGUGGAAUACGGUGGAGUCUAGAUGUAAACUAGUGAUGCGUUACCACUCGUCAAGCCAAUCAAAUAUUUAGCAUGGGUGGAUCUACAAACAGAUGUUGUGUUUCUGAAAAGAUUUCGGACUUGCAACAAGCUAACUAACGCUGCAUAGGCUACUAAAACAAAUGCGAGUUUAAAGCUAGCGCUCCCAUUCAAACGCAAAAUCUACCAAAAGCAGUCAACGAGACAAGAUUUAGGAUGGCCUGCAAGACUUCAGCUUUGGUUUGAAAGAGAUUUUAAGUGCUUUAUCACAUCUUGAUUUCCCUCACCUCUUCGACCUUUCCUCUGAACCCUCCUGUUUGCUUUUAGGAGUAUAAAACAUACAAAGAGAAUUUCCUCAAGAGGUUCCAGUUGCUCAAGCUGCCCCCCUAUCUCAUCUUCUGCAUCAAGAGGUUCACCAAGAACAACUUCUUUGUGGAGAAGAACCCCACCAUCGUCAACUUCCCCAUCACGUAAGUGACUGUUGCAUACUUUCCCCAUGUACUCAAUGGUAAUUUAGCAUUGUGCUCAGGCUUAUGAUUCUGUGUGUGUUUUUGACUGUCCCCUUGCAUUUGCUCCUUGAUCAGGAACGUAGACCUUCGUGAGUACCUGACAGAGGAAGCACAGGUCACAGAGAAGAACACAACCUAUGACCUGGUGGCCAACGUGGUACAUGAUGGGAAGCCCACUGAGGGGGCAUACAGAAUUCAUGUCCUUCAUCAUGUAAGUGACAGCUGCAUGUUUAGGACUUUUUCCUGGUGAAAAUUGGUAAAGCUUAAGAUGUGCAAUAUUUUAUGAUAUUGUGAAAGAAAUACUCAUCCUGUUCAGUUAUUGGUGCUAAUGUGUGCCUAUGUUUGUCGCUGAAGGGCACUGGGAAGUGGUACGAGCUCCAGGACCUGCAGGUGACAGAUAUCCUGCCCCAGAUGAUCACACUGUCAGAGGCCUACAUUCAGGUAAGUUCUAUUGUCACAUUGACCACUGAUUAUACAAGAUGCUUUUCUCUAAUUUACAGGUUUAUGUCUAGAUAAGUUACUGACUCCCUGUAACUGUCAAUUAUAUUGAUGUGUGGGUUCUCUGUGUUCCAGAUUUGGAAAAGAAGAGAGAGUGAAGAUGACACAACUAACCACACGGGGGCGUGAAUGAGGCAUUUAAUGAGCAUUGAUCAUAUUUAAAGAUUGAUUGCUGGCUAGUGGUCAGACAGUAUCCAGUGGAAUUGGAUACUGUCCAAGAUGACCUCAGGGUAAGCCCCCACCACAUGAGGACCACAACAUUUUAUUUGAGGAUUUUGGAUAUAGAGAAAACAAUGAUGUAUACUAUUUUUUGUUCUUCACUUCAAUUUGUAACUGUAAAUGGUGGAAUAAACCAGCUUUGAAAUGUC